CUCCGCAUCGUCGUCGUCGCUGGAUGAUUACGUCAUUUAGAUGCGCCUACGCUACUGUUUACUUUAAACAUACGUUGAGGUUAAUUUUUUUAUCUCUUGCUGAAAAGGUUGGUUACGUCUCUGUCAGGAUGAGUGAGAACGACGUGGACAAUGAGCUUCUGGACUAUGAGGAAGAUGAGGUGGAGGCCGGUGGAGUCGGGGAUGUUGGGGGCGCUGGUGAUAUGUCGAUAAGGAAGGAGGGAGUGAAGGGCUCUUAUGUGUCCAUUCACUCCUCUGGAUUCCGAGAUUUUCUGUUGAAACCGGAGCUGCUCAGGGCUAUAGUGGACUGUGGAUUUGAGCAUCCGUCUGAGGUUCAACAUGAAUGCAUCCCUCAGGCCAUCCUUGGUAUGGAUGUCCUCUGUCAGGCCAAGUCUGGAAUGGGGAAGACAGCAGUGUUUGUUCUUGCUACCCUGCAGCAGCUGGAGCCCGUCACUGGACAGGUGUCUGUUCUGGUGAUGUGCCACACCAGAGAGUUGGCCUUCCAAAUCAGCAAGGAGUAUGAAAGAUUCUCCAAGUACAUGCCCGCUGUCAAGGUGGCAGUGUUCUUUGGAGGCCUGUCUAUAAAGAAAGAUGAGGAGUUGCUGAAGAAGGACUGUCCUCAUGUGGUGGUGGGAACACCGGGCCGGAUCCUGGCGCUGACACGCAACAAGUCGCUCAACCUGCGUCACAUCAAACAUUUCAUCCUGGAUGAGUGUGACAAGAUGCUUGAACAGCUUGACAUGCGCAGAGAUGUUCAGGAGAUUUUCCGUAUGACUCCCCAUGAGAAGCAGGUGAUGAUGUUCAGCGCCACCCUGAGCAAAGAGAUCCGUCCAGUCUGCCGAAAGUUCAUGCAAGACCCAAUGGAAAUCUUUGUGGAUGAUGAGACCAAGCUGACUCUGCACGGGCUGCAGCAAUACUACGUCAAGCUGAAGGACAAUGAGAAAAACAGAAAGCUCUUUGACCUUCUGGAUGCUCUGGAGUUUAAUCAGGUGGUGAUCUUUGUGAAGUCGGUGCAGCGGUGUGUAGCGCUGGCUCAGCUGCUGGUCGAGCAGAACUUUCCUGCCAUCGCUAUCCACAGAGGGAUGUCUCAGGAGGAACGUUUGUCUCGCUACCAGCAGUUCAAAGACUUCCAGAGGAGGAUUCUCGUGGCCACGAACCUGUUUGGACGAGGGAUGGACAUCGAGAGAGUAAACAUCGCCUUUAAUUACGACAUGCCAGAAGACUCUGACACUUACUUGCACAGGGUGGCCCGGGCCGGCAGGUUUGGCACCAAAGGCCUCGCCAUCACCUUCGUGUCCGACGAGACCGACGCCCGCACGCUCAACGAUGUCCAGGAUCGCUUCGAGGUGAACAUCAGCGAACUGCCCGAAGAGAUCGACAUCUCAUCUUACAUUGAACCAGCGCGAUAGACGAGCUGACCGCGGAUGUGGCUGUUACUUUGUACUUGCAGUUUCAGUCUGGUAGUAGCAGACUGUCUUUAUAUCAACCCUGGCAUGUCAGACAGCAGAUAUUUUCCUAAUUCUGUGACAUUUGCUUUUGGAGAAAAAAAGUCUAUUUAGUACAGCAAGGGUGCAGCUCCCAGUGAAGGACAGAUUCAGGACUUUGACAUUAGUCAGGAGUGUUUGUUUUAUUUACGUUUAUCCUGUUAGUGUUCAGUAAUGAAUAUUUAAUUAUGAUAUUAAGUUGUUUUAUGAAGGAUAACCAGUUUUCUAAAUGUGUUGAGUUGACUUAUUGUAUACUGAUUGCAGAAAAGAGGACAUUUCACUGCUGUUUGAAUGAAUAAAUCUGGUUUUUAACUGA